AUGUUCAGCCGGUCGGGAUACCAGGCCCUUCCCUUGGGAGACUUCGACCGCUUCCAGCAGUCCAGCAUCGGGCUCUACGGUGUCCAGAAGGGCUUCUUCUCCUUCAGACCCAAGAAAGAUCCUCUGGGGCCAGCUGGGAAUACCACAGACUCCUCCCAGGGUUGGUUGUCCUCGAUCUGCCAUGGGAUUAUCACUUCCUUGGUCUUCUUGCUGAUGGUCAUCACCUUCCCGAUCUCAGGAUGGUUUGCCUUGAAGAUCGUGCCCGCCUACGAGCGAAUGAUCGUCUUCCGCCUAGGCCGCAUCCGGGCACCGCAGGGACCCGGCAUGGUCCUGCUGCUGCCCUUCAUCGAUCACUGGCAGCGAGUGGAUCUGAGGACAAGAGCCUUCAACGUGCCCCCGUGCAAGCUGACCUCCAAGGAUGGGGCGGUCAUCUCCAUGGGCGCCGACGUCCAGUUCCGGGUGUGGGACCCCGUGUUGUCCGUCAUGAUGGUGAAGGACCUCAUCGCAGCCACCCGGAUGACGGCGCAGAACGCCAUGACCAAGACCUUGAUGAAGAAGACCCUCUGUGAGAUCCAGGUGGAGAAGCUGAGGAUUGGGGAGCAGCUACUGCUGGAGAUUAACGACAUGACCAAGUCCUGGGGCCUAGAGGUGGAUCGGGUGGAGCUGAACAUGGAGGCUGUGCUGCAGCCACCUCAGGAGAAUCUGGUGGGCCCUGUGGCCACCCUGCCACCUGUCCCUGGGCUGGAGGGGCUGGAUGGAACCAUUCAGCAGCUGGCUGCCCAUUUCUUCAGCAACACCCUGGCUCUGGCGGGCAGUGGGACCAGUGCUCCAGAGGCAGCAGAUAGCGUGGAGACAGUGAACAAGGUGGAACCUCCCACCGCAACCCUCCUCACCACCGCCAGCAGCAUGCGGAGGAAGCCCAGCGCAGAGGAACUGCUCUUGGCAGUGGAGCGUGUCCUCUCCGAGGCCCUGGUUGGCCAGGUGGGAGCAUCCUACCAGGUGGACAUCGCCCUGCCCAGCGGCGCCCGGAGCACCUACUUCAUAGACCUCUCCUCAGGCAGCGGGCGGGCUGGCCGCGGCAUUCCGGAGGGCAGCCCCGACGUCGUUCUGGAGGUGGCGGAGAAAGACCUGCAGGACCUCUUCUUGGGCGACCUGCGCCCCUUGAGUGCCUACAUGAGCGGGAGGCUGCAGGUGAAGGGCGACCUGCAUCUUGCCCUGAAGCUGGAGGAGCUUGUCAAGGCGAUGAAGCAACAUCGAUAG